AUGUCUAACCCUUCGGAGGUUGUUCAAGGGUCGGAGCUUGAGGGGGAUCACGUUUCCCGCGAGGUGGGGAGGACCACCCGCAAAGGAAGCCGCAAGGAGAAGUCGGUCGUUAGGGAGCCGAUGGUGGAAUUCGAGAAACGGCUUGCCAAGCUAGAGCUUGCUGUGGCCGACCACCAAGACCGUUGGGACGAGCACCCUGAGGUGGUAGCGGGGGUCGCCGAAGCUCGCAUGGAUCGAUUCGCAGGGGAAUUGCAAGAAGUCAUGCAGCAAAUGAAGGACGACAUGCUAGGGAUGCUCAAGGAAAUGGUGGAACGUUGCAACAAGUCGAAGGAGGAAAGCCUUGCUCGUGUUGCCGCCCUCCAAGACGACGUCAGCCGGCUUAUGGGGGAGCUAGAGACUUCUCGGCCAGAAUCGGCGCGUCUUAAGGCAUGGCUUGACGCCGUGGCCGUGCAAGGGACAACCGGAACCGCCGAGACACGUCAAGGCCGUCUUUACAUGGAGGCAUCGUUCGCAAACGGGUCUAGAUGGGGCAUGUUAGACACGGGGGCCGACACGAGUUAUCUCACAGAAGAGGUAGCCCGUUCGCUUGGUGUUAAGUGGACACCUAGCAAAGGCCGUUUCAAGGGCGUGAACGGCGAAUGGACGGGUCUUGUAGGCAAAGCCAGGGAUGUGCCUCUUAAAAUCGGCAACUGGUCAGGUACCGCUAAUUUCUCCAUUGCACCUAUGGAUGAUUAUGGUCUUGUGUUUGGCAUGGAGUUUUUAGACCAGGUAAAGCCGAUUAUCGUGCCUAGCAAUGACACGAUGGUGAUCCUCCAAGGCGAGAAGUGGGGUGAACAAGGGGCUAAAACGGGGUGA